AUUUUCAUGUACCGAUUUACUCAAAAAGCAGCAAAUUUUAUUCAGAAAUCUAAAUAACCAAUAAAUACUAAUAUGUGACUAACUUGAAAAAACCAAAAAUCGAAACUUCAAAGUGAGCUUUUCUAAAAACUUCACACAAAAAUUAUUCUUAGUGCAAAAGUUAAGUGACAACAAGCAUAAAAUUCCUUAAAUCCAGCACUGUGUAGGAUUUCCUUAUGAAAAUGCGAAAGUGUUUUGUGAAAAUCUCGAAUGCCUUUCGCCACAAACCCGCGUAUGCAACACCAGAGGGUGAACACUACAACGACGCGCCGGCAGUGGAGGGGUAUGUGCGUCACAGCAACGCGUAUGAGGACGAUGAGAGCGCCAGGCGCGGCAAAGUGUGGGAGGCGAGCACCGCCAACAACGACAAAACCAGCGCACGAACAGCGGCCGUCACAGCCAAGCGCACCAAUAAUCUAGCGAGUGAUAAGCUUAAGGAGUGCAAUGAUAAGAGCGUUGAUAGUGUCGAUAAGGCCACCGACAGCGCCAACACCACGACAAAAUCCACAAAUGCGAUUGCGAAAGCAACGCGCAUCGAUGGUAACGUCAAUGAAGUGUACGCUGGUCGUGCGGUGGCGGCUGGGGAGCGCGCGAAGGUGUUGGAAAAGAAGAAAAAGAAAGAUAAGUCCAAGUAUUUCAUGCGCAGCGCAACGUCGCCGAGUCUGGGGGAGCAAAGCCAGCCAGAGAAGAACACGUGCGCUGGAAACGCGGCGCUGUUGAGCACCAGCGAUAUGGGUGAUAUUGCGGUCUACAGGAGCAGUCACGAGUGCGGAGGUAUGGGCGAUAAUAGAAACAGUGGACGCAGCAGUGCGCGGAGCAGUGGACGGAACAGUGGUAUUUUUAGGCUAUUUUUGGGUAGUAGCAAGAAGAAGAAAAGGGACCAGGAUGGUGGGAGCGAAGCUGAGAUGGAAAGAAAUAAAGAAAAUAAACAGGAAAAGCAUGGCGAUAUGAAGGGGCGGGAAAGAUAUAGCGCGCGGGAGGAGAAAGCGCCGCUGGCGGUGAUGGAGCAGCAGCAGCUGGGGUUCGAUGAGGAUGAGUUAAGAGCAUUGUCGAAAGACAGUAAAACUUCAAGCAACACAACGGCUGUAAAAGCGCGACUGCUGGACAGACCGGAUGAGAAAAGUGCGGGUAAUAAAAGCAACACUCACACCUAUACCAACUCUAAGGGCGACAAUGCUGCUGCCGCAGAUGAUGCCACACAUCGUUAUCACCCUAACGGAAGUGUGGACGCUGUGACCGAGUCAAGAGUAGACGCCAAGGGUGCCGCAGGCGUUGCGAAUAACAAAACAACCAAGUCGCACGAUGAACGCAGCUACAUUUCCGAGUAUAAGUCCUUUGUUGAGGAUGAAAAGCCAAAUUUAAUUGGCACGCCAUUCCCCGAAACGGAAGCCUUCAAUUUCGAGCAAGCGCUUAAUCGCAAAACAAGCGAACGCCACUCACGCGUACACUCAACCGAUGCGCGCAUCGACCUAACGAAGUAUCGCAACGAAACACCCAAAACGCCGGAGGAGAUCGAAUAUGAGGCCAAUAUGGCGGCAGAGAGUGCCGACGUAAUGACACCAUUGCCAAACAAUCUCACUUUCUCUUCGGGCCGCAAAUCGCUGACCACGGCGCGUCCGCUCGCCUCCGAUAUCGCUGAGAUGAUACGCAAUUUGGAUGCAAAUACUUUGCGCAUCAACAAUAUGACUGUUGAGGAGAAGAUUGAGCUGAUGCGUCGCUUCGACCAACCGCAACAACCAGAUAAGGAUAAGCAAGUGCAUCAUCCACAUCAUCAAAAUCAUCAUGCCCACACCGCCCAACAACAACAGCACAAUUCGUUGCGUCGUUCCUCUGGUUCGCGCAGUGCCUUGAAUCCGUUGCGUUUAGCGAUGGAAAACCGCAUCGUGUUGCAGGCGUCCGCUGUCGGCGCAACGCAGCAAAUGCAAGGUGAGGUUGGCGGUAUGGGUGAAUCCACUUGCGACUCGGAUGAUGAACAUGUGGAGGUGAUUUUGCGUCGUAAAUUUGUCGACUAUCCCGACGGUGAGAAGGUGACCAUUUCUACGUGCCUCUACGAGCGCCGCCAGCCGGAGUGUCCGAAAUUGAAGUUGUUGGUGCGAUCGCAACAGAGCGAUAAUCGCGACGAAGGCAGUGGAGAGCGAUCUCUCAUGGACGUGAAAUUUCCAACCGUAUUACCACCGAAUCCCCAACUCAAGGCUUUAUUGGUUUUCCACAAGUCGGACAACAUCUGCGAAGUGGUAACGGAGGCAUGCCAUCGACAGCAGCUCGAUGUGACGGUGGCGCGCACCAAAGAGGGCGCCCUCGACACCCUGACCAAUACCAAUGAGGAGUUCUAUCAUUUGAUUAUAAUUGAUGCACGCUCGACAAAGCACUUGGAUGCUGAAUAUAUAGCCAGAUCAAUUCGUCACACAAAUGGCCAUCAUUUUACGACAAUAAUUGCUGUGGUUAAAAAGAGUUUCUUUGAAAAGGAUGAUGUACUAAUCGCACUAUUAGACGCUGGCGUUAAUAGGUGCGUUCCCGAGACCACAAAUCUUUCGAUGUGCAACAUUGAGCUAAAGCAAAUCCUGCAUUCAAUUGUGCGACCACACAAUGUUAUGUCAACGCAGCAAGCCCUCUACACAGCGUUGCAUCGGCUAAAGGAAGUCAUCCUUAUCACAGACAACCACCUGCGCAUUCAAUAUGCCAAUCGGGCGGCUGAACGUUUGCUCAACAUGCGUUUGGAUGAAAUAAUUAGCAAACCGUUGGCGGACAUAUUUAUUUCGGACGUCUCGACAAUUAUGAUACAUGGCCGCAAGAAUAAGGAAUUCGAUGAGAUCUUAACGGUGCGGCGCAAGGGGCAGGAAGAUGUAGCAAUGCAUGUACGCGUCAUACCAGUCGCCUGCAUAGGCCGCACGCCCACACAUUAUGUCUUCAAUCUCGAUGUACCUGGAUCACAUGGUGACUUCGUCGCCACACUACCACAAGCCAGAGAGGCACCGCGCGGCUCGCAGCACUCCAUACGCCGCGGUAGCGUCGACGUGCGCUCGGUGGCCUCGGAUGGCCUGCGGCGCACCAGUCUGGCCAAGUUGACAUCACUGCCAUUGGAGGCGCCCAUUACAAAAAUAAUCAAUUUACUCUCCCAAGUACAGGAGAAUUGUUCGCCGGACGAGGCACGGCUAAUAGAUAAGGUGAUGGAGUUCUUGAAGCGUGAGGGACUUUAUAGUCCACAAAUGAAGGAAAUACGCACAGAUGAUCCCAUAGCGACCGAUUUGAUUGGCGCACUAUUAACGGGACCAAGUCUAUAUUCGUCACGCCGCAGCUCAAAUGACUCUAUUAUACGCGUGGGUGGUCGCCAAUCCACUUGCAUGCCCGCCAAAAUGAAGGCCACGCCACACAUUAUGGAAUUACUGGAAGAAUCUCUAAGUUGGGAAUUUGAUAUUUUCAAACUGGAAGAAAUCACCGAAAAGCGACCGCUGCUCUAUUUGGGCAUGGAAAUGUUCCGACGUUUCAAUGUCUUCGCAACGCUGAAUAUCGAUGAGAAUGUCUGCAAGAGCUGGCUGGCCGUCAUCGAGGCGAAUUAUCAUGCGAAUAAUUCAUAUCACAAUAGCACACAUGCUGCUGACGUCAUGCAGGCCACGGGCUGUUUCCUAACUCAGCUCGCAGCCAAGGAUAUGGGCAUGGACCACACGGAUGAGGCCAUCGCGCUGAUUGCGGCCGCCGCACACGAUGUCGACCAUCCGGGACGCUCCUCCGCCUUUCUCUGCAACUCGCGCAAUACACUGGCGCUGCUCUAUAAUGAUCUGUGCGUCUUGGAGUCGCAUCAUGCUUCAAUUACCUUUAGACUUACUUUAAGUGAUGAUAAAGUCAACAUCUUCAAGAAUUUAGAUACUGAGAGUUACAAAUCGGUACGCAGUGUGGUGAUCGAUAUGAUUUUAGCCACAGAAAUGACGCGGCAUUUCGAGCAUUUGGCCAAGUUUGUCAGCAUCUUCGGGUCGGAUGAGGAACCCAAGGAUAUCGUACAGUCGGAGGAGGAGAGUUCGAUACUUAUCCGUCGUAUGAUGAUCAAAGUGGCUGAUGUGAGCAAUCCUUCGCGCCAGCCUUCCUACUGUAUCGAAUGGGCACGACGCAUUGCUGAGGAGUACUUCACACAAACUGACGAGGAAAAGGCUAAAACUUUACCCAUUGUUAUGCCAAUGUUCGAUAGGAAUACGUGCAGCAUACCUAAGAGUCAAAUCGGUUUCAUUGAGUACAUUAUACAGGACAUGAUGCAUGCGUGGGAUAGUUUCAUCGACAUGCCGCAACUGGUCACCUACAUGCAGAUCAACUACUCACAGUGGAAGAAAUUCGAAGAGCAGGGUGUACACACACUGGCAGAUGUCAAGAGCAAACAACAUAGUUUGAGUGUGAAGAAGAGUGCCAAAUAGCAUUUGGCAUUUAAGAGGUUGUUCUCAGGGCUAUUAAAGCCACAGCCGGUCCAGCCUCCAUGUGCGUUGACAAUUGGCGAAAAUGAAAUGGAAUAUUGCUUGCAAAAAUAAAUACAGAGAGACAGAAACGUGAGGCUAUUGAGAUAACAGAGAAGAAACGGAAAGUAUACGAGGAGUUGAAGGAAAAUGAUGCGGCAAAGUCCACAUACAAUUUGAGAGAGCGACAUAAAACAGCUAACGCUGGAACACAAGGAAAUGCAUGCAAGGUUUUUAUGUAUGUAAGGGGUUUUUUGAAAAGCGCAUAGUUGAGGUUAUGUGUUGUAUGAAGUGGCAAAAGUGGCUUAAUUGUUUUCUACAGCAGCGACUGACAGACGGGCUUGAAGCUUGUGAUUUCUGCACAAUGAAACGUUGU